AUGCGGGGUGUGAUAGCUUCUGUGCGACCUGCAUACGCCCCCUCAACUGCUCCCUCGUGCCCUCCUUUCCUUGCUCCUGCUGCCGCCGCCCCGACACUCCUGCUAAUGUUGCUGAUCUCGACGGGGGGCGUGUCAGAAACAUGUGAAAAAGGGGGUGGUGGUGGUGAUAGUCCGGGGGGAGGGGGAGGAAGGGAGCAGAAGGGAGGAGUGGGGGAGGAAGGAGCAGGGGUAAGGGGAGGAGCAGGUGAGGAGGGAGGAGAAAGGGAGGGAGGGAAACCGGCGUGUGUUGAUGGCACAGCGAAGGGACGAUGGGUGAAUUACACGUGGUGGGAGGCAGACGAUUGCGAGUACAGUGACUUCUCUGGUCGCGACUUACACGAGUGCCUCAAGGGCCAGUGGAUUCACUUCUUUGGCGACCAGACCUCUCGAACGCUCUCCACCUUCUUUGCCAAGAAGAUGCGAAUCAAGAAGAGAGCUAGUAGCGAAGGAGACAGUAACGAGAGAGCUAGCGCCGCAACUGAUGACAGUAACGAGGAUGGUGAGAGAGCAGCAGCAGGAGCAAGGGGGUGGCAGCCGGUUCCAAGGAGUGCUGAUCGGCCCACUGUGUCGUAUCUUUUCCGAGCCAAGAUGGCCCACCAACGAGCCCCAGCACCAGGGGACCUACCAGAAGACGACGUGAACAAUUUCUUUUUCGAUGCACUGCAGGAUCCUUCAGCAGAUCGGCCGGAUGUGCUUAUAAUGAGUAUGGGCGCGCACGAGGUGUUCGGGUGGUCGGGGCGGCCGCGCGUGAAGCUUAACCUGACUGUCUAUAAGGAGGAUACGGAGGAGCUGCUGGGGAAGGUGCUGGGAAGCUUCCCGGAGCAACGGGUGAUCUGGUGGAAGGCGCAUUACAUUCAACAAGCGGAGGGUGAUCAGGUGGAAGGCGCAUUAUAUCCAACAAGGCAAGAUCAAGGGGGAGCAGUUAUUCACCAUUCGGAGAUACCACAGCCGCUACCAGCGGCAUGCCGCCGCCCGCUUUGCUGCCAACGGGCACUCGAUUGCGGAUUUUUAUGGAACUACAAGGAGGAGGAGCGAGGCUUGUAG